AGAGGUCUCUUUCUCAUCAGGUUUCCAAGCAACACUUGAUCCCCUUUGCCUUUGGAUCCACAUACAGCUCAGCCUAUCUGCCUCUAUGUAGCUGCUCCUCUCCUUGUUAGGGACUCUCAUAUGGUUUUUGGAGUGCCUCAGCAGGUCUACUCAAAUGGUGUAAACAAGUUUGGAUUUUGAAACCAUCCCAUCCCUCUGUAUGGAUUCAACCCUCAUUCCCCUCUGGUUGCUUUUUGCUGCCUAUGUUCCCACUGCAGGUUAUGGUGGAAGAGCUAUUCCUCCAGUUUACAAGGGAGGUGAAAACGUUUGUCCAUUGAUAGGAAAAGGGCUUCCUCAGCAGCAUCCGGCCAUCUGGAAGUGCAGCUGUUCUCACUAAUAAAACUGCCCUUUGAAACGCCGAGUUGGUUUGGACACAGCUGGCUUUGUCUCUGUUAAACAUUUGCAGUGUCUAAAGGGCAGGAUCAGAGCACGGGACCCAGAGCAUGAGCGGAUGUGAGAACCCAAUGCCCUGAUGCCUCUCAGCAAGAGGAAUAAACUCCCACAUCCUCUCAGCCCAGUGCAGGAGUUGUGUCACUGCCACGUGCAAAGAGCACACCUCUUUCUUAGGAAGCCUUUGCACAAGUCUCAAGAGGUUGGGAGAGGGCUUGGGUAUUCACAGACUCAUAGAGGAUAGAAUCCAAUCAUUAAGGUUGGAAAAGACCGCUAGGACCAUCCAAUCCAACCAUCAACCCAUCACCACCAUGCCCACUAAGCAAAGGUGCCACUAAACAGGAGCACAGUAGAUAACCAGCUUAGUUUGCUACAACUUGGUUAAUUGCUGUCCAUUCCACCCUGCUUUUUUGGAGGAUGCCAAAGUUGAUGUUUUCCAUAGGGGCUGAUGUUUGCAAAGUUCUUGCCUUCAUCUCAGAUCAUGGAGAUGCUCUUGUGGCCUUGUAGCAAGAGGUAUUUGUGCUACUCUCAGCCACGGGCUGUCUCAAUGUCUGUUGGGACUUGCUUCUGGGAUGCAACCAUGUGGAACUCACCACAAUAUUUGUGUGCUCGUUCAUGACAUGGACCCACUUGUUCUGGUGCACGCAGGCAUUGUGGCAGUGCUGAGCCCUGUCUCAUAAGAUGAGAGCACCAGUGGAAGCUCAGGUUGGAUAUUAGGAAAAAUUUCUUUUCUAAAAGUGUGGUGAUGCUUUGGCACAGCUACCCAGGGAUGUGGUGGAGUCUCCAUCCCUGGAAGUGUUCAAGAACUGUGGGGAUGUGGUACCAGGGGACGUGGGCAGAGGGCAUGGUGGGGUUGGACUGGGUGAUCUUAUUGCUUUUUUUUCCAACCUCAGUGAUUCUUUGAUAGGGCUCUUGAAGCAGCCUUAGACACCUAUGGGAGUAGGAUGGGUUUAAAGAGCUUGGAGGAUGAGUAAGUACCCCACAAACAUGCAUCCUCUCAUCACACCAUCCUCAUCUCUGUGCAGGGAAAUCUUGUGCUUUCGAACUGUUUUUUUUCCCCCCUCCUUUCAUUGUCUUCCUAGGCUAUGCAGGAAGCAGGAGCCAAGCUAUUUCCUUGCUUCUUUUGUUCAGCAGAUCCCACAGCUCUUCCUCCCCAGCAGAGAACUUCCUGCAGCGCAGACAGCCUGCAUAAACCCGAUACAGCCAGGGUUCACUAGCUCUGCAUGCUUAACCUGUUGCACUUUUCGGUCAAUCAUUCUCCACUUCAUGCCCCAUUGAAGGCACCUCUGCAGAGGUCAGCUUUGGGUUUAUAAGCUAUUUGCUGAGCCACACCAUUGGUUCUGGGAGGAGGAACUGAUCUGGGGAGACAGGGAAGCCUCCCCCCUGUCUUGCUUCGCAUUCUCAACCCAUCCUCAAAGACCAGAGAAUCGUACAAAGUGAUGUGGCAGCUCCUGCCAGAGACAGAGCUGGCUCCUGCUGCUGCCCUUGCCCUUCUCUGUGGUUCCGCAGCAGCUGUAGUGGUCUGGAAAUGGCUGGGCAAAAGGCACAUCCAGAAGAAGAUGGAAGAGGCUCGGAGGAUGCGGGAUGAAGCUGUGAAGAAAAUGGCAAAAGCUGUCCAACAGUUCAGGGAGCAGGUCCCCAGUGACAAGACAGAUGCCAUCCUGUCCCUGCCCUUGCUGGAACUCGCUGGAAGGUUGCAGGAAGGGUCUCUGUCCCCCAGGACUGUCCUUUAUACUUAUGUACAGAAGGCCCUGGAAGUGACCCAGCAGACAAACUGCGUGCAGUAUUUCAUCCCAGAGUGUGAAGAGCAGCUCCAGGAAAUACAACAGCAGAGGAAGAAAGGACCUCUCUAUGGCAUUCCUGUCAGCAUCAAGGAUCACAUUGGCCACAAGGGGCAUCUUUCAACCUGUGGGCUUGUGAAGUUCCUCUGCACUCCAGAGCAGGAGGACAGUGUCCUUGUCAAGGUUCUGAAGAGACAAGGCGCCAUCCCAUUCGCUAAGACCAAUGUGCCACAAUCCCUCUUCAACUAUGACUGCAGCAAUCUCAUUUUUGGCCAGACGCUGAACCCCCUCAAUCACCAGAAGACCCCCGGGGGCUCCUCAGGAGGGGAAGGAGCUCUGAUUGCAGGGGGAGGCUCCCUCCUGGGCAUUGGCUCGGACGUCGGUGGUAGCAUCCGUCUUCCAUGUAGCUUCUGUGGGCUGUGUGGCCUCAAACCCACAGCCAAAAGGCUCAGUCUGUCUGGAAUUAAUGGCCCAGUCGAUGGGAUUGUGUCAGUUCCGUGUGCACUGGGGCCGAUGGCAAGGGAUGUGGACAGCCUGGCCCUCUGCAUGAAGGCGUUGCUCUGUGAGGAGAUGUUCCGUCUGGAUCCCACCGUGCCCCCCAUCCCCUUCGAUGAGGAGGUGUACUCAAGCUCUGCUCCCCUGCGGAUCGGAUACUACGACACAGAUGGUUACUUCCCAUUGCCUCCUUGCAUGCAGAGGGCAGUGCAUGAAACCAGGGAGGCUCUUCAGGCAGCUGGGCAUGAGCUGGUGCUCUUCUCUCCACUUCACAUCCACCAUGUCAUGACUGAACUGUUUUUGAAGACAUUUUUUGCUGAUGGAGGCCGUGCUUGGUUGGAUGUGUUUACAGGAAAUAUUGUAGAUCCAAGCUUAAAACCCCAGGUGAAUUUCUGCAGGAUCCCAAGGCUUGGGAAGAAGAUGCUGGCUCUGAUUCUUAAACCUCUGUUUCCCCGCAUGGCCGACUAUCUGAACGCCUUGGGUGGCAUGAGGUCAGUGAAGGAAAUGUGGGAUCAUCAGCAUCAAAUAGAGGUGUACCGCUCUGAGUUCAUCACCCAAUGGAAGGAACUGCAGCUGGAUGUCAUGCUGUGCCCUGUGCUGGGGCCAGCCUUCACCAUAGGGUUCCCUGGGAAACUCCUCUCUGCCAUCUCCUCUACGAUGCUGUACAACGUCCUCGACUUCCCCGCCGGGGUCGUACCUGUCAGCACAGUGACAGAGGCCGAUGAGGAAGAGCUGAAGCUCUACAGAGGAUGCUGUGAUGACCUCUGGGACAGGAUGCUGAAGCAGGCUGUGGAAGGAGCCGUGGGGCUGCCCGUGGCCGUGCAAUGUGUGGCAUUGCCGUGGCAGGAGGAGCUGUGCCUCCGGUUCAUGAAGGAGGUGGAGACCCUCAGCCGAGCAAAGAGAGCAAUGUAGCCCCUCCAGUCCCAGCUCAGCAGGGUGGGAAGGGGGACAGCUGUGCGUCACUGCUCCCUUUUGCAAUCUGAAGGGCACAGAAUUACAGUAAGGAGGGACGGAAGACAGAAAAGCUAUUUCCUGCCCCUCUUCUUGCUGACAAUCACAGAUCCUGUUAAAGGACACAGCCAUUUCCUCAGUAGCAAUUACAAAGGCUGUAAGUCUGCCUUCUUAUCCUGUCCUGGCUGAGACACUGCAGGACUCAGCUCUAAAUAGCCCAGCAGCUGAGGCAGAGACCAAAACAUCAGCAUAAAAACUGCAGCACUUCAUCACAGUGAUGAAGACUUCACAGCACCAAACUUCUUUGUAAAAGGGAAUCAUGCCUGCAUCAGUCUUCCUUUGAAGAAAAAUGAUAAUACCCAAAGACUCCACCUGGACACUGAAGCCUUCACAACACACCUGUCCCCUAUUCCUCUGCUUCUCAUUAACCUUUUCCCCUUUUUUGCACCAGUGGCUGAAAACAACCAGUCACUGUUGCUGCAUUAAUAACUAUACAGCAUUCCCCACCAGCACACUGUGCAGUCACACCAACACUUGUCAGAGAGGUGACGCAGAGAGCUGAGCUCAAAUGAUCAACAAUCCAUGAACUGCACCUUCCUGAAAGGAUGGAUACGGGUGGGUGGUCACUUUCAUUUACAUCUAUGCAGCCUCUUGCAAGAAGCAGGGCAAGGAUAAGGGAAAACUCAGUAGUGUUUUCUUGCUGGCAGAGGAUGCAACUAUGUGGCUAACAGCCCUGCAUGGAAUACAUCCAUGUCUAUCUAUUACUGCACCACUAUUCUGCCCACAAAAAUAAAAAUAUUAUAAUAAACCUGAGUAACACUCCA